AUGGCCGACGACACAAGGCAGACCGUCGAUGUCAACGCACAACCCGCAGCGCCGCGAGCGCCUGCAAAUGUCAUGCCUGGAGGCACAGCACACACUGCAGGUGGUGAAAAGAUAUCGGAUGGUGAACUUACAUAUGUCGAUGUGGUGCGAAGCCUGGGAUCGGAAUACUACCUCAACUUUCACAAGCGGCCAUGCGUACGAGACAGUCAACUGCAAGGCAUAGCGGCCGGUUUUGCGGGAGGGAGUUUGGCAGCUAUCUUAGGAAAGCCCGUGUACCUAGCCUCGAAUUGGGCUGUAGCAACCUGGUGUGGUGUGUCCGUCGUGUCGUAUCAAGUCUGCCAAUACUAUCGGUCAAAGGAAAAGGCUGGUAUAAAGCAAGCACAGGAGCUUAUGGAGAAGAAGCGAGCAACAAUAGAAGCAAAAAAGGAAGCACGGCGGAAGCAAAGAGAAGAGUACGAAAGGCAGGAGCAGGCCAGGAGACUGGAAGAGGAGAGGCAAAAGAGUUGGAAAUACUGGUACGAGAAAAAUCUGAAAUUUUGGUAG